GUUCCCAGUUAAGUAUGUGUCAAUGAACUGAGACCCAGGGCAACCAGCACAGACACGUUUCUCUAAAGUUAAUUUAAAAUUAACAGUAUUUAAGAACACCGUAGAUUAAAGGAAUUUCUGGAUUCAGUGGGUUUUGCCUUCAUGUCAUUGCCACUCUUAAACAGUCGAAUGUAUUUUGUUUGAUACAUUGACCUUAUUAACAGAGCCUUUCUGUCGCUCACUAGGUCACAGAAACCAUUUUUAACACUAGACAUGCCUCAUUACAUUACAACAUGAUAACUGAGAAAAGGAGAGAAUGCUGCGUUUUCCUGUAGUAACCGGUGAAUUCUCAGUACUGUUAACAUGAUCAGAUAUGAACCUGUGAACGUACUGCCCUGGCUUUUAAACCUCACUGGUAAUUCUGCUCGCCUGCCUGCUCGCUUCCUUCCUCCAAAUACUUGACUCAGUUCAAGGAAGCCGCUUCACUCUGCAGUGUUGACCCGCCUUUACAAAAGUAUGAGCAGUACUGUGUACACGCUGACUGCCGUAUCCUCUCCUCUGUAAGCCACUUUCAAAGGAGCAAUGAAGGAAAUACUCGUGCUGCUGAUUCUUUUGAAUUCCCGAAUUACCAAGACCUUCUCUCUGCCCUAUCAGGCAGACUCGGAAGGAAGAUGCCACGACAUGUCAACAGAGUACGUGCAGGACGAUUAUAACCUGUGCUGCAAGAAGUGCCCCCCUGGGCACCGUCUGAAGGAACGCUGCAGCCAAAAUACCGAUACUGUGUGUGAACCAUGCGGACAAGGCCAGUAUAUGGAGCAGUGGAACUACUCCCCAAACUGCUUCUCCUGCAUCAAAUGCAAACCAACAAAAGGUCUGCAGUUUGCCCAACACUGCACUACCACUACAAGGUCCAAGUGUAUGUGCCAGCCUGGGAUGUACUGCAUCAUGGGAUUUCAGGACCCAUACUGCUCAGAGUGUAAACCGUACAGACCCUGCCCAACUGGUCAUGGAGUCUCUGUGCCAGGCACAGCAAAUUCAAAUGUGAUAUGUGAACAGUGUCCCAAUGGGAUGUUUUCCGACACUGUCUCCUACACUGACACCUGUCGGCCUCAUACAGACUGUCAUGGGAUGGCUGUCCUUAGAAAAGGCAACGCUACAUCAGACAACGUGUGUGAAGCACGGAGCCCGACAAAGCGGUUACCCACAGAGACCGUUUUCACAACUGCAAGUAUGACGACGAGCACCGUAGCAAUGACUUCAGACUCCACCACUUCACCUGGACAGGAAUCCACAGGGCUCGUGAGCCUUCCAGUAAACAUCCUGACCACAAAGAGCCCAACCACAGGACCUCCCGUUGAACUUGUCCCCAUUAUCACUGCCAUUGCCCUUGUCUUGUUAAUCAUCAUUUGCACGCUGUGCAUCUAUAAACAAAUCCGGAGGAGAGAGUCUGCACAGUUACAUCCCAAAGUAGAUGCAAAUGGAAACUGCGAGAGUGCUGAUAAAGCUGCUGGUCAUUAUUUAGUGGAAUCUAAGAUGACCUUCACCACUCCCUGCCAAGAACAACAGUGUCUGCUGGAGAAAGGGGAAACGGGCAGUGAUCAAAGUCAGUAUAGUACCAGUACAGAAACAAAAACGGAUGGUUACAGCAGCCACGACUCCAUCAGCCCAUCACAAUCCACCAUAGCUCUUGACAAUCCUCACUCGGCUCUGUCGGAGCCCAUGCCUUUACUCUCCAACAUAGAUCUUAUCUCUUCUCACCCGAGCAACCUCACACAGUCGUUUUCUCAGCCCAGCAGCACUCAUGUCAUCAGCCCGGUGGCUACCAGCCCCCACGUCAACGUCAACAUUACUCUGCAUAUUGGAAACGGGUCUUGUGGGACACCAUCUUUCAUGCCCGCAGACUCGAUACAAGAAGACUGUAAUGUCCCCUUUAGCGAGAAAGAGGAGAGUUUUAGUAUCCCACAGCAAGAAGCCGGCAAAACUUCGCUGAUGUCAGUGCAGGAGAGUGGCAGUUACUGUACAUGAAGACUCAUUCAAAUUAAGGACUUUUAUCUUGUCUGUCAUACCACACUUGAAGAAAUCUGACUAGUGAAAGAAAUGCACUUGUACUGUAGGCAUGGACGACGAGAAAGGCUGAAACCUUUCUUCUGUUUAUAUGUGUAUAUGUCCUGUAAAUAAUAUUGUCUGUUCUGUAUGCUGUAAAUAAUGUCUUUUGUACAACUCACACAACAAAUUUAAAGCAGAUGUAAAAUAUAAUUAUAAACUGAAUAGUAAAUCACAGUUCACAUGCAACUUGUAAAAAUAUACAGUAUAAAAUAUAUAUUUGUGUGUUUGUGUGUUGGAUUAAGGCUCCAAUAUUUACAAGAUUAAAAAUUGCAACCUAUAUAGUGUCACUGAAUGCGACACACUUCGAAGAAAAACUGACCAUACAUCUUUGCAAAUUCCUUGUAUUCCUGUAAUGUUUGAACUCCAGUAUCAUCCUCUCGCUGACCUCACUUUCUACGUUCUGCGAACUGAAUUGUAUAGGGGAAUUCUUAGUUAUCUCUGAAGUGACACUGUCUACUGUUUUAUGCCUGCCUGUUUUUACUCACAGUAACAUCCUCCAAUCUGCUGUGGAACUUUCUGGGCCUACUUUUAACCCUCUCUGUUCUUAGUCACAAACUCUUAAGAAUCUAUGUUUACAGGUCAGGUGCUUGUAGCAGUUUACUUACAUCAGCUUACAGAUAAACACAUUUGCCUUAAAGUCAAAGCUGUAUUUGUAGUGAAUGUAUUUUAAAAAAAAAAAAAUUAACAGCACAGUUGUCAAUAAAGGGGUAAAAAGUGAAA